CGUACCCAGUGGGCAGCGCCGGGAGCUGGACCGAGCGGCCGGUUUGGGCCGCUGCUGCGGGGCUCAGCCGCCUGUGCUGCCUGCCAGGGGGCGGGCCGAAACCUGGAGGCCCGGGGGCCCCAGCUCCCGUCGGGAGCCGCGGGCGUCUGCUGUCCGGGCCGGGCCGGGUUUGCGGUCUUCCAGGCCAGACAUGACGCCUGCCAUUGAAACUCAAUUACUUGAGUCUUCAUCGUUGCCUCCCAGAGUCUGCAUUAGAGUGAGGAGUGAAACUGACAUCAAACCCAGGACACAAUAAUAAGCUGAACAGCUCUGACCAUUGACUUUCAGCUCACCAGAAUCUACAACCUCAAUCUGCUUUUGUGGCCCAUGUGCUGCAUCCUCUGCCCUCAGUGUGCAACCGGCCCCCAACGCAAUGUGUGUUUGUCAAACCAUGGAAGUGGGGCAGUAUGGCAAGAACGCAAGUCGAGCUGGAGACCGGGGAGUCCUCCUGGAGCCCUUCAUCCACCAGGUGGGCGGCCACAGCAGCAUGAUGCGCUACGACGACCACACUGUGUGCAAGCCCCUCAUCUCCCGGGAACAACGCUUCUACGAGUCCCUUCCUCCAGAAAUGAAAGAGUUCACCCCUGAGUACAAAGGUGUGGUAUCUGUCUGUUUUGAGGGGGACAGUGAUGGUUACAUCAACUUGGUGGCCUACCCAUAUGUGGAAAGUGAGACCGUAGAGCAGGAUGACACACCAGAACGAGAACAGCCUCGGCGCAAGCACUCCCGCCGCAGCCUACACAGGUCAGGCAGUGGCAGUGAUCACAAAGAGGAGAAAGGCAGCCUGUCCCUCGAGGCCUCUGAGAGCUCCCAGGAGGCAAAGAGUCCAAAGGUGGAGCUACACUGCCACUCCGACGUCCCUUUCCAGAUGCUGGACGGCAACAGCGGCCUGAGCUCUGAGAAGAUCAGUCACAACCCAUGGAGCCUGCGCUGUCACAAGCAGCAGCUGAGCCGCAUGCGCUCCGAGUCCAAGGACCGAAAGCUCUACAAGUUCCUCCUGCUUGAAAACGUGGUGCACCACUUUAAGUACCCCUGCGUGCUGGACCUGAAGAUGGGCACGCGGCAGCAUGGUGACGACGCGUCAGCCGAGAAGGCAGCCCGGCAGAUGAGGAAGUGUGAGCAGAGCACGUCCGCUUCGCUGGGUGUCAGGGUCUGUGGCAUGCAGGUAUACCAGCUGGACACAGGGCAUUACCUCUGCAGGAACAAGUACUAUGGCCGAGGGCUCUCCAUCGAAGGCUUCCGCAAUGCCCUCUAUCAGUACCUGCACAACGGCCUGGACCUGCGACGCGACCUCUUUGAGCCUAUCCUGAGCAAACUGCGGGGCCUCAAGGCCGUGCUAGAGCGGCAGGCCUCCUACCGCUUCUACUCCAGUUCCCUGCUUGUCAUCUACGAUGGCAAGGAGUGCCGCUCUGAGAUGCGUCUCAAGCACCUGGACAUGGGGCUCCCUGAGGUGGCUUCACCCAGUGGCCCCAGCACCAGCCCCAGCAGCACCAGCCCUGAGGCAGGCCCUUCCUCUCCACCCAAAGUGGAUGUCCGUAUGAUUGACUUCGCACACAGCACAUUCAAGGGCUUCCGAGAUGACCCCACCGUGCACGAUGGGCCGGACAGAGGCUAUGUGUUUGGCCUGGAGAACCUCAUCAGCAUCAUGGAGCAGAUGCGAGACGAGAACCAGUAGGCCUGGUUCUGGGCCCCCAGAACCCUGUCCUCUUCACCCGCAGGCAGGGACCAUUGCUCUGAACUCGCCGGGAGGACACACAGACUUGCUUUUAAAGGGUUAUAUUUCUCUUUGGUGUAAACUAAAAGAAAUGUUUUUAGCUGUAGCCUGGAAUCCAUAUAUAUAAAAUGAAGGAGGGCAGAACAUACGUCCUCUCAGCCAGGCUCCUUAGCUCUAUGGCUCUGACUGCUGUGUCCAGGCUGAUGUAGGAAGGCAAAGAUGCCCCCGGUGGGCGUGGCAACAGGUACAGGGUGCCCUGGGACAUUGGUUUCUCUUGCCUGGAUCUCUGGCUACAGAGCCCUGCUGAUUGUAGGGUGAAGCCCUGGGCUGGCGCAGGGCCCCUCCAUGCCCACUUAUCCUUUGUUCCUCUGAAUUAGAGAGGAUUGGCCAUCCACCUUUUGGGGGCUUUCCAGUCUCCUGCAGGUGUCAGCCAGCUCUUUAACAGGUGCCUCAGGGCACCGCAGAGCUGAUGCACACUGCAUCCUUCUCAGUUUGGCCCCUGGCGUGGGGCGAGAUUCAUGAAGCUGAGCUGAAGCCAACUCACAGCAGUGCGCAGGCCCUGGGUUCCUCAGGCACCCAUUGGCAGGCCAACCUGCUCCUCUGCCCGCAACCCCGGCCAGCCUGUCUCACCGAGAUCCCUUGCCUAAAGAGGCCACUGCUUUCUGCCCCACUGAAGGGGACACAGCUCUGUGGGCUGGCCUCAGGGUCUCUGGUGUCUCUGGCCCUGACAGUAUUUGCAGCUUGCCUGCUCUGGGUUGGAGGCUGCUGCCUCUAGUUAGGGUAGCUGUGCUGCCUCUGGUGGGCCACUCCUGCCAGGGCACAAGGGCUGUGGUCCACUCAGGGUCUCACUUUCCCCCAGGCCACGCUCGAGACAGCAGCCUGUUGGGAGGCAGCCCAGAUCCUGGGCUUGGAGGAAGAACCUUAAGCUUGUCUAUUCAUAGGGACAUGGGCCCUGGGUGCAGGUGCCCAGAUUCUGCUAACGAGAAUGUCUGUUCGAUCCUGGGCUCCAUCAGUUUGUCCGUUUGUUCGCCUACCCGCCCCUGUCUCCUGGAGGCUCCCCCUGGGGAGGAGCGUUGGUCUUCAGCGUGUACUGAUUUCCUUCAUGCUCUCCUCAGUGCAAGAUUCUCUUGGCCAUUUCUGAGGUGAGCUCUUAUGCCGGUGCCCUUCCUCAGCAGGUGCUGUGUUUCAGAGACCUGGUAACAGGACGGGUUGUAGGUGGCACUUCCCCGCUGGCCGAGCGCCUCCCCAGGGGCCUGGAGCGUGGCGGCCUCAGCACUGACUGGGGCAGUGAAGGCUCAAGAAGCCAGCCGCCUUUCCCAUCCUUGUCGUCGUCCCUGCUGCCUCUGACACGGGUGGCCAGGUGAUCCAGCACUCGGCCAUUGCCAAGGUUAGCACCCUCUCCUCCAAACCUGGGGCCGCCAUCGUCCCCUGGGGCUUUGUCCCUGUUCUGGCGUUAAAGGUUACCUGCUGACCUGUGUUAGUGAACGACCAAGUGGUCCUUGGCAGUGCAGCUUCUUGAGAGGGCUCCUUGAAGGACCCCAUCCCCCCGCCCUCUGAGCCUGGUGCCCGUGGGGCAGGUUCCCAUUGCUUGGGCCUGGGAGGGGCAGCUUGCCUGUUUCUGGUUUGUAAUGACCAUCUUCUCUCUUGUACCAUUCUGUGGCUUCCUUAGUGUAGACAGUCGUUCCCUAGCAGGGUAGGGGAUAGGACAGAGGGUCUGGGGCCACUCUGGACUGCCCCGAUUGUAGAUUUGGGAGCAGAUGCUGCCCUGUUCUGCUGCUGCUCCCAGCGAGGGAGGCUGUAACCACGUACACUCAGUGUUUUCCUGGCACUAAGAAGAGUGGAAGGCCUGGAAUUUCCUGCUGCUUCCCAGGGCAGGGCCCCUCUUUUCAGCACUUUGACACCUGCGGACAGCCCUGUUAAGGGGUGAGGUGUGUGCGUGCACAUACAUUCACUUCCUGCCAGGGCUGUUUCUCCCUGUCCCUGCUAGGCCCUGCCUCCCCAGCCCCAAUUUGGGACCAAAGUGCAACGUGGGAUCAUGGGUUGGGGCCCUCAGGUGACCCCUCUCUCUAGUGCUUUCCUGGGACAAGGUGACACCAGCCCCCGGGAUUGGGUGGGAGUUGGGUGGGAUGGUGGUGCUUAAAGAGGAAGGGGACCAGUGUAGCAACUUGCCAGGGGCCCCGCCCCUACCCCUCUGGGCCUGUGCAAUGGGCGUGGGGAUUCCCAGCAAAAGCCAGGGGCCUGCGCUAGUUCUGUAGCUGCUGUUCACGCGCUCACACCUGGCCACGUGCACGUUCCCUAGAUGCAGAUUGCUUUGAACUUUAAAAACUGUACCAUGUGGUUAUGUUUGUGUCGAUUUAAAUUUUUAACGGGAAAAAAGCGGAGAACCCUGGGAAGGGCUUAGUUUCUUUGCUUCUCGGGGGAAGUUCUGGGAAUCGCUCUCUGCUCUUUCACAGAAACUCAGCCUGUCCACGCCUCCCGAGGCCUGCGUCACAUUCGACACGUGGCUCCGCCGGCUCGGCGCAGUCGAUUUUUCUCGGGACCCUGCGUGUGGGAGGGGUUGCUUGGGCCGAGCCCGCCCCUUUCUGUGCACCUAGCGCUGCCCGCCCCGCUUGUGUCUGAGAUCGUGUAUGUCCAAAUAAAGCCGCUAGA